CCAUCUCUCUGGAAUGCAGAGCAAUCGAACAUAAAAAGAGAAAAGGCAUAACACUGUAGAAAGAAACAAAAUUGAGUGUAUUCAUCAGCUUCUCUCCCGGCAUGGCUUACCAACCCGUCCAAGACAUCCUACAGUACAAAUUUCGAAACCCAAGGCUUCUCGAGGAAGCUCUCCACGCCGCAGGCUCAAACCCAAACACUACGCGCGAAAAUCCCAGGGCCCAUGGAAACAAGGGUCUGGCAAUGAUCGGAGACGCCGUCCUCCGACUUGUCAUAGUCGACGACGGCAUCAUCAACGGCAAAACCACGCAAAAAUGCGAGCAAAUCUGCAGGGUGGAAGCCUCAAACUAUGUCUUGAGUAGGACUUUGGUGAAGCGGAAAAUAUACAAAUAUGUCAAGCUGCCACCAUGUCAAAAUGGCACCAUAUCUCAAGGCAUAUGCGCUUCUACUGCAGAGGCGCUGAUUGGUGCUGUGUGGAUUGAUUCGGAGCGUGAUUCUACUACCGUUCAUCGUGUCAUUCACAACCUUGGCAUCGCCACUGAAUUCAGUGACGACGAUGGGUGGUGGUAGCGGCAUAGCAACAGCAAUCCAAAGUCAAACUAGCUCUAUAGAAGAACAUGAAUACUCUGUGAUUAGAUGGCCAAAUAUGAAAUAUAUCCAUUC